CAAGGCUACACUGUGAAGAAAAUGUUUGAAACAUCAGACAAUUUUUUCACUGGACUGGGAUUGGAAAGCUUAAAUACUGCGGCAAUAGACUUUUAUGGUGAUUCCAUGCUGGAGAAGCCUGCUGACAGGGAAGUUGUUUGUCAUGCAUCUGCUUGGGACUUCAUGAAGACAAAUGAAAAUCCUGGCGACUUCAGAAUAAAGAUGUGCACAUCAGUGGACAUGGAUGACCUCAUCACAAUCCACCAUGAAAUGGGUCACAUUCAAUACUACAUGCAAUAUGUUGAGCAGAACCCACUUUUCAGGGAGGGG